AUGCGCUCCCUCAUCUCCAUCGCCCUCGCCCUCUCCACGGCGACCCUUGUCUCCGCGGCACCCACCAUGUCCGUCGACCUCUCGCCCCUCAACUUCCCCGCCGACAACCUCAGCGCCAUGCUCGACUCAAAUAUCAUCUCCAUGGCUCAUGGUUGCCCCAGCGCCGACAAUAGCUGCGGCAUCGUGACCUUCAAGAACGGCCAGUACACCUCCUUCGGCCAGGGCACGUGCAUGCAGCUCGGCGGUAAUGUGGCGUCGAUCUAUGUUGCCAAGUGCUUUUGUUCGCUUUGGAACUCCUGCACCGGCAACUCUGGCAAGGACACCUAUGUUGGUGGCAUGAUGAUGUGCGAGAAGCCAAAGAAGGUGGAGGAUUUUAACAAGGAGGUCACAUACAUUUCUUGCGGUGGGAUGAACUAG